CAAAAAACAAUUCCCAAUCCAUUUUUUUGUUUCUUUAUUUGCGGAACCCAAAGGGUUUGGUUAGAGAGACGUCGUCACUUGAGAGCUCUCUCACUCUUGCUACCAAGAAGAGAUUCUCCAGUCUCUGUGCGUCUUUCUCUGUGGAUCUUACUUCACUCAGAUCCAGUUUCUUUGGAACAUUUUGUGUUCUUGAGGUGUCAAAGGAUGGAGGAGAUACAGUCUCAAUCGGAUUUAUACCGUUCGUCUUCGUCUUCUGCAAGUAGUCCUACUAGUAGAGUUCCAUCUAGUCACUUUUUCUAUGUAAGAAAACCUGGUUCUCUUCGACAACCUAUAUCUUUUGAAGACUCUCCUGAAUGGGAAGACACACCUGAUGUUGAUUUAAGAAUGGAAGAUGAAGCUGGUGGUGGUGAUUCUAUUAAUGACGCUACAACAACGCCUGUUUCUCCUUCGUUGUCGAAGAUGAAUAGCGGAUCAAUGGCUUCUCCUCCUGUUCCUGAAGGAGGAGCUGGGACUGGUGUUGUUAGAAAGAUUGCUGGUGCUUCUAUUGCUUGGAAAGAUUUGACUGUUACUAUGAAGGGAAAGAGAAAAUAUUCUGAUAAGGUUGUAAAGAGUUCGAAUGGUUAUGCGUUUCCCGGGACUAUGACUGUAAUUAUGGGUCCUGCAAAAUCCGGGAAGUCUACUCUAUUGAGGGCUCUUGCUGGAAGAUUGCCUCCUUCAGCAAAAAUGUACGGUGAGGUGUUUGUGAAUGGCUCAAAGUCACAUAUGCCUUAUGGAUCCUAUGGAUUUGUUGAGAGGGAAACACAAUUGAUUGGUUCACUUACAGUUCGUGAAUUCUUGUACUAUUCAGCGUUGCUUCAGCUUCCGGGUUUCCUCUUUCAGAAAAGGAGUGUUGUUGAAGAUGCGAUACAGGCCAUGUCUCUGAGUGAUUAUGCAAACAAAUUGAUCGGUGGUCAUUGUUACAUGAAGGGUCUUCGAAGUGGUGAAAGAAGACGUGUCUCUAUUGCUCGUGAACUUGUGAUGCGACCACAUAUCUUAUUCAUCGAUGAGCCUCUUUAUCAUCUUGACAGUGUUUCGGCACUGCUUAUGAUGGUGACACUAAAAAAGCUUGCAAGUAUGGGAUGUACUCUUGUAUUCACCAUUUAUCAAAGUAGUACCGAAGUGUUUGGUUUGUUUGAUAGAAUCUGCCUUCUAUCAAAUGGAAACACACUCUUCUUUGGGGAGACACUGGCUUGCUUACAGCAUUUUUCAAAUGCUGGAUUCCCGUGCCCGAUAAUGCAAAGUCCAUCAGAUCAUUUUUUGCGGGCUAUAAACACAGAUUUCGAUAGGAUUAUUGCAAUGUGCAAAAACUGGCAGGACGAUAAUGGGGACUUUUCAGCAGUGAACAUGGAUACUGCUGUUGCUAUUCGCACUCUCGAGGCGACUUAUAAAUCAUCUGCAGAUGCUGAUUCUGUCGAAGCUAUGAUAAUAAAACUUACCGAAAGGGAGGGCACACAGCUUAAAUCCAAGGGAAAGGCCGGUGCUGCUACACGUGUUGCAGUGCUCACAUGGCGAUCACUUUUAGUUAUGUCAAGAGAAUGGAAAUACUAUUGGCUCCGACUUAUCCUCUACAUGAUUCUUACACUUAGUAUUGGCACAUUAUAUUCUGGCUUAGGUCACUCUUUGUCUUCUGUUGCAACAAGAGUUGCUGCGGUAUUUGUUUUUGUCUCGUUUGCUUCACUGUUGGGGAUUGCUGGAAUACCUUCACUUUUAAAAGAAAUCAAGAUUUAUAGAAGUGAAGCAUCGAACCAGCAUUCGGGCGCUUUUGUCUUCUUACUAGGGCAGUUUCUGGGAAGCAUACCGUUCUUGUUUCUCAUGUCCAUUUCCUCAAGUCUUGUGUUCUACUUCAUGGUUGGAUUAAGAGAUGAUUUCAGCUUGUUGAUGUACUUUGUGCUCAACUUCUUCAUGUGCCUAUUGGUGAACGAAGGAUUGAUGCUCUUCAUUGCUUGCAUUUGGCGAGAUGUUUACUGGAGCACUUUGACUCUCAUCUCUGUACAUGUGAUCAUGAUGCUCGCAGCAGGACACUUCAGAAUCCGUACCGCCUUGCCCAAACCUGUCUGGACUUACCCGUUUGCUUACAUCUCGUUCCACACCUACUCCAUUGAGGGUCUUUUGGAGAACGAGUACCUCGGGGAAGUGUUUGCGGUCGGAGAAGUGAGGAGUAUAUCGGGUUACCAAGCAAUCCAAGGAAAUUACCAAAUAUCUCCAGACACAAAUGCCAAAUGGAGGAACAUGCUUGUGUUGCUAGCGAUGGCUUUUGGCUACCGUCUUCUUGUUUAUGUUUUACUACGUUUUGGCCUAAACAAGAAUGUGUCUGGUCGUUUACUGCUUAGUCAUAAGAAAAAUAACAGCUCUAGGUAGAUGAGUGAUUGUUUUUAGAUAAUAUAACUUUAGCCUCUUAUGUAAUUUUGGUAGGUGAAAAUGAAAACAGUUCAAUUCUUUCUUUUUUUUCUAGAAAUUUGGGUAGAUAACACCUUUUUGAAUAUUUAUAUGCAUCUUUGGUACUUUUUUAGACUCAUUUGGGUUGAAAAAAAAAUAUUUUAAGAUAAAAUAAAAUAAACACUUCAUUUUUA